AUGGACCGGGAACCUUUGGUCUUGAAGACCAGUAGUCUGGUAUCGGACGAUUUCUAUAAAGCUGCAGUUGCGGAAAAAGCGAGGAAAGGAGAGCAAAGAACUGGAAGGGAAUCUGGGCGAAAAAGAAGGAGGAAGCCACUCGGCGAUCUGGUCACCAGCAUCGUUGUUGCGGGGAUACGCGAUUUACGAGGUGCUGAUGUUGCUGUUGUCGGAUGAGCUCCUCUGUCUUCCUAUACCUCUUUGACCUCCUCUUCAUUCUUCUCGUACCCACCCACCUGUCCUCCUCCUCCUCCUCCUCCACCACCAUCCUCUUCGUUGGGAAAAUUACGGUGCGAUACAAAGUUCUGGGCUCGAAACCCACUUAACGUUGACAUGGCCCUGCUUAAAGUCCUCGACCCCUUCAUUGCUUGGCCUCACCCAGUGGCCGAAAGUCCUGUGAAAAUGUAUCUGUCUGAUGAGGAGAUUCGAAAAUCUAUCCCACCAAAAGACGAUGGCGGAUUCUUCUUGACCUGUCGUCGAAUGGCUUGGCUGGAACCUUCUUAUUGA